AUGGAUCUCCGCAGAAGAGCCCUUCUCGGCGUGGAUGGACUUCGAGUUCUCCUGAUGCUGUUCCAUACAGUGACUCGAAUCAUGGCAGAACAAGAAGUGGAAAAUCUCUCAGGCCUUUCCACUAACCCUGAAAAAGAUAUAUUUGUGGUGCGGGAAAAUGGGACGACGUGUCUCAUGGCAGAGUUUGCAGCCAAAUUUAUUGUCCCUUAUGAUGUGUGGGCCAGCAAUUACGUGGAUCUGAUCACGGAGCAAGCAGAUAUCUCAUUGACCCGGGGAGCCGAGGUGAAGGGCCACUGUGGCCACGACGAGUCGGAGCUGCAGGUGUUCUGGGUGGAUCGCGCGUACGCACUCAAAAUGCUGUUUCUAAAGGAAAGUCACAACACGUCCCAGGGACCCGAGGCAACGUGGAAGCUGAGCAAAGUCCAGUUUGUCUACGACUCCUCAGAGAAGACCCACUUUAAAGACGCAGUCAGUGCUGGGAAGCACACAGCCAACUCGCAUCACCUCUCUGCCUUGGUCACCCCAGCCGGGAAGUCCUAUGAAUGUCAAGCUCAGCAGACCAUCUCACUAGCCUCCAGCGACCCACAGAAGACAGUCACCAUGAUCCUGUCCGCGGUCCACAUCCAGCCCUUUGACAUCGUCUCUGACUUUGUCUUCAGUGAAGAGCAUAAAUGCCCAGUGGAUGAGCGGGAGCAGCUGGAGGAGACCUUGCCGCUGAUUUUGGGGCUCAUCCUGGGCCUCGUCAUUGUGGUCACGCUGGUCAUUUACCACAUCCAUCACAAGAUGACUGCCAACCAGGUGCAGAUCCCUAGGGACCGGUCCCAAUAUAAGCACAUGGGCUAG